UAGCAAUCGUUCUUCUCAUUGAUUUCACAGCACCUUGAAGAACUUGAAAUUCUACAGGUGAGGAGGCGCGCACGAGAAGACGCUCACUUCUAUAGCCUUGUUUUUACACUGCUGCUUUGAGGAUUAGUAUGACUUACAGUAACGCCGAAGAUCACCUAGUUUAAGAAUACUGUCACAGCAAAGAAGAAAACUCACACAGGACCUUGUUCCAGCCUCCUCCUGGGAGUGAAGAGGCAGCUGCGAUGGAGGGGAAGCAUGGAAGCCCCCCGAUGAGGAUAGAGCAGUCUGCAGACAGCGAGGGCCAGUCCCACUGUGUCCUCUUCACCUACUUUCAGGGGGACAUCAACAGCGUCGUGGACGAGCACUUCUCCAGAGCUCUCAACAAAACCAAAAAACCCAAGGACCUGAGCACCAGGAACAAGGGAUGGAGAGCCGUCUCCUCCACUGCCAGCGCUGCCACCACCACUGCCAACAAACAUGGUGAACCCUCGCCACCAGUGCUGUGGGAUUUGCCCGGUGCCUCCUGGGCUGGCAGUCAGUACCCUGCACCCACCUCCUCCCGAAUUCACUUCAGCACCUCCUCAGGGGGGUUACAUAGCUCCCCCAGCCAGCCUCCCGGCCCCUGGCCUUUCCCUGUGCGGGACAGCAGCAGCUUCGGCCCUCCUCUGGGUGUGUACCCCCACCCCAUGGGCCAGGAGCUCCCUGGAACGAGCUCCUUCCUCAACCUGCUGCACAGCGAGAGGGGAACCGCCAGCACCAGCCUGGGUGCGGCCUCCGAACCAGAGCAGCCUCCCUCCUGGGCAGGGCACCCUCCAGCACGCUUCAGGGAGGCAGUGGGGACAGGACUGAGCCUCGACUCAGUGAUCCAAGCCCCGGAAAAGAAGAAGGACCUCUACUGGUAUUAGAACAUGCAUGAACCAGCCUGGCAUCUGAGCUUUAUACAGGCGUGUGAAAAUCACAAAGUAUUUCAAAGCACAACUCUAUGGAGCACAAUCGAAGAACAACUGCUUUUCACAGGCUGGCACUUUGAGCCAGGAUAGAACAGAGAGACGACAUCACAAAAUCUGGAAUACUCAACGCUGCAGCCAGCUAUUCUUGCCAAAAUACUGAUUGAAAAAACAAACCAAAAUAACAGCUCAAAUGCUCUGGAACGCUUAUCCCGGUUUCAAAGAUUUAUCAUUGAUACUCGACCCAGAAGAACAGAAAAUCACAGUAUUGCAAACCAUUUUGAAGUGCCAUUCAAAAGAAAACUGCUGUUUUCAAUGGAGAAAUGAAGAAAUCAUACAUACAAAUAAAAAUCAGGUGUUGAAUGAAUAUCUACAGAUAUGUAGACACGUUGCAGGAAGGAAUGUUGCUUUAAAUGAACAAAUAGCUAACGCUGGUGUAACAAUAGGAACGCCGUGACUAUUGAAUGACAGCUGUACUUUUUAAGUUGUAUUUAAUCCUUGUUUCUUAAGCUAAUAUCAUCUCUGGUUAUAUUUCCCUGCACACCAGUGUAAAUGCAGUAGUUUUAAUUGUCUUUGGUAAAUAGGGCUUCUCUCAAUGGCAUUGGUAUUGUUAGUUGUGCUCGAUUUGUCUGUAUAUGGAAGCAGUUUUUUGCAUUCACAAAUGACCAGCUGGUUCUGGGUCAGUUUAACAAUUGAGACUAUUAACAAUUUAUUUUGUCUCCAAAAAAAAACAAAACAAAAGAAGGUAUAAAUCAUUUAUCAAUCUAACUAUUUCUGAAACGUGUUUUUACCAGGCUACAGACUCCUAAUCUGCACUCUCAUAGAUCAGGCCAGUACUGUACAUUCAACUGCGUGUGACGCAGUAAAUUGACUAUAUUAUUGUCAUAUAAAGAGGCAUUGCUCAAAUGUAUAUAACAGUGUACGGCUUUGGGUUAUAAAGGGGUGCCAUCACACUGUUCCUGAGGGUAUGGGGGAGAUCAGUAUCAUUAAUUACAUUUUAAUAAGCUGAGCACAACUCAGGAGAAUACUUGCAGCAGCAGGAGGUUAUGAAUGUACUAUUCAAGGUCUCUUAUAGCCCAGUAAGCAAAACAAAACAGAAUAUAUAUAUAUAUAU